UAUCUGAUGAGUUGUUAAAGACUAUACAGAAAAGAAAUUAACUUGACACUUUGUACAUCUAAAGAGAAGAAUUAAUUAAACAACCUCUUCCUCAGAGGAAGGUCAUAACCUGGUUGUAAGUGAAGAGAGAGUGUGAGAGAGAUUUAAUGGCAAAAGAGGCAGAAUGGAAGGAACAGAUGGACUUGGGCGGAUUAAGUAAAAUCUGGGUGGGUCUGAUAAAAAUUCACUCAAGAGGAGGAAAAUGAAUAAAAGAAAGACAUCGAGACAGUUCAGUAAUACACGUGAAACUGAAGAAAUUCAGAACUGCAUAGAUGAAGAGGUGAGUUGCAUUUUUUCAUUCUACCAUUAUAAUCACUUAUCUAUAUCAACAAAAAAGCAUUCUUUACUUCAUUCAUUUAUGAUACUGCAUGGCUUAUUGGAAGAUUUUAAUACAUUUUAUACAUAAUUUUAUUAAUUUAAUUUAAGAAAUAAUAAAUAACUUAAAUAACAGCUGAUGACUACGUAAUACAUCUAGGAUGCCUUUAAUAACACGAUCUGUUUAUUUAGGUGUGUGUGGAAGACUCUGCACAACGGACAAGGAGAGACAGAUGUACCUUUCUUCCAGAGAUUAACUGAGAUCAUGAAGGAUUACAAAGAAAUUGGAGUUGGUGAUUGAGACACAGAAUUAAGAAAUUUACCAAAAAUCUUAAUCCAGCAAGAAAUCAGACCAGGUGAUGGGUAUAGAAGAACAAGGUCUUAGCUAAGUCUGUUCAUCUCUGCACUAAGCUGAAUUAAUAUGACUUAGAAACAAAUGCCGCUCGUUUUGGGUUUCUUAAAUGGAUGACUUCAUUUAUAAACCUCUAAAGGCAUGAAGAUCUUUGUUGACUGCCGGGCUCAUCUCUGUUGACUUUCUGGAAACUUACAGAAGCAUCAGGUUAACAGCAUCUUUCCGGCAUGCUGGAGCAGUUGUCUCGGAAGAAACGUUCCCUCCUGUCCCUCUCACUGACCUCGCUUGCCCUGGCGCUCUCUGUCUUGGCUUUCUGCACCUCGUACUGGUGCGUGGGAACGCACAAAGUGGUCAAACCUCUCUGUCUGUCACCUGUCAAAUUGAAGAACUGCGGACAGAACGACAGCCAGCCUUACACAACAGAAGCCCCAACCAUAGACCCAAAAAAAGGGGAUUUCAACGUGACAAUGUCCCCCACGCAGAUAGAGGAGCUGGCCCGUAUAAAAGCCCAAAAUCUGGCAAAUGCAGUUCACUACAUCUGGGAGACAGGAGAGGACAAAUACAUGCUGCGUUAUUUCCAUACCGGAUUCUGGCUUUCCUGUGAAAAGCACAAUGAUGGUAAAGGUGAAAAAUGUCGGAGCUUCAUUGAGCUGACCCCAGGAGAAACACAAGGAGUUCUGUGGCUUUCUGUGAUAUCUGAAUUUGCGUACAUCGGCCUGCUGGCGUUGGGCUUCUUAAUGAUGUGGGUGGAACUGCUUCUUCUGUGUCUGAAUAAGGAGAUGUAUGCCCUCAAGAUCAACGCUUUCGCUGCCAUUUGUACCGUACUGUCCGGCCUGAUGGGAAUGGUGGCACAUAUGAUGUAUACAACCGUGUUUCAGAUGACUGUGAGCAUUGGCCCUAAAGACUGGAGACCUCAGACGUGGGACUAUGGCUGGUCAUUUGCUUUGGCGUGGAUCUCCUUUAGUUGUUGUAUGGCAGCCGCCGUAUUCACCCUAAACUCUUACACCAAAACCCUAAUCGAAAUGAGGCACCGUGCCCGGAUCCGCCUGGAGGAGGCCCGCGCCACCAACCAUGCCCCACCGUAUGAUGAGGUCAUCACGGCGGGUGGUGGGAGCCUGUAUUCGGUCAGCCGUCUGGUUCAACAGUGCCACAAGGGUGCACUCAUGGACACCAUGUGGCCCCUCAGUGAGGAAGUGCCUGAUGGGCCUAUGCCAACUGCAAAUCCCCAUGGUCUGGUACUGAUGGGGGGAUGUAGAACAAAGGGGUGUGAGGACUAUGAGGAAGACCUGGAUGAAAUGGAUGAAGUGUCGGAUAGGGAAGAGAGAGGAGGGGCGGAUGAAAUGUGCUAGGGUGAUGAAUGAGAAACUGGCACGUGACAGGACAGAAAUGAUACAAGAUUCUGGUAUGAGCGACAGAUGAACACAAAAAACACUCAUGAUCUUAAAAAUAUUGUCUUGUUACAGAUCAAUUGUGCAUUCAUACCAAACAGAUCCUAAUAAACAUCUUGGAGUUGUCCUUAUCGUCAUAUACAUCAAUGGCUUUUAUGGAUAUAUGUUUUGUUAAGUGUUAUUUCUACACUGUAGCUUUAACAAAAGAAACUUUUGGCUUUUCUUGAACACAGCUUUACACCAGUGGUUGACCCAUUGUUGCUGUUUCAGAUGUUCAUAAAAUUGUCCCUAGCUGUCAUUGGGGCUGUACCCUUUCAAAAAGUACAAUUAUACAUGAAGAAAUUAUAAUAGUACCUCAGAGGUACAUAUUGGUACCAAAGAGCGCAUAGCAGUACCUCAAAAGUACAUAUUGGUGCCAUAUACAUAUCUGACCCUUUUUAUUGCCCAAGUAAACUCUAGGGACAAUUUUUUGACCAUUUGUUGUUUAAAUUAAAACAUUUUUUUGACAGUCAGUGUUUACAUUUUUGAGAUAAUAUCAGCCUACAAAUGGUUCACUUUUAGUUGUUCCUGAAUGAUCUGCUGGGAUGACAAAAUGUAUUUUAUCACUAAAAUAAUAAUGAAACACUUUCAUUUGCUGGUCUAAGCUGGUCUUCUCAGCAGGAAUAUUAAGAAUUUGUAUGUAUAUAUUAUGUACACUGAUGUAUAAUAGUCUUAAUGGUCAGAUCUGUGGUGAAUCGUUUUAUAAUCUGUAUACAUUGGUAAAUACAGUAUGAUGUAUUCUCCCAUGUUUUAAAGUGCUAUAUAAAUGUGUCUUUUUCAAAAAAAUGAUUGUCCUCUUUUGCUUGGCAUUUUUCUC